AUGGGCUUGACAUUCGUAGCAGCUGGUGUGUCGGUGCCCGACGCACUCUCCUCGCUCGCCGUCAUCAAGGAGGGCUACGGUGACAUGGCGGUGUCCAACGCUGUCGGGUCCAACGUGUUCGAUAUCCUGGUGUGUCUCGGGCUGCCGUGGUUCAUUCAGACCGCCAUCAUACACCCCGGCUCACAUGUCAAUGUUUAUCACAAAGGUUUGAUAUACUCGACCCUCUCACUAUUCUCCACUGUGAUCUUCCUCGUCGUAGCGACGCACGCCAACGGCUGGAAGCUAGACCGCAAGUACGGCGCAGUACUGAUGGUGUGGUACAUCCUCUUCAUUACCCUAGCCAGUCUCUACGAACUUAAUGUCUUCGGAUACUACACGCACCCAGAUUGCGUUUCAAACUAUUAA